CACAACCACAGCGGUUACAGACUCAUACAGCAACCAAUAAUGAAGUUUCUAAAACCUAACAAAGCGGUUGUCGUCCUCAACGGCCGUUUCGCUGGCCGGAAGGCCGUAAUCAUCAAGCAGUUCGACGACGGAACUCGCGACCGUCCGUAUGGCCACUGCCUGGUUGCCGGAAUCUCCAAAUAUCCGAAGAAGGUGAUCCGUAAGGAUUCAGCGAAGAAAACUGCGAAGAAGUCUCGCGUGAAGGCGUUCAUCAAGCUCGUGAACUACAACCACAUCAUGCCGACGAGAUACACGCUCGAUGUGGAUCUGAAGGAUGUUGUUACGGUUGAUGCGUUGCAGUCACGUGAUAAGAAGGUGACCGCGUGUAAGGAGACGAAAGCGAGGUUAGAGGAGAGGUUUAAGACCGGGAAGAACCGGUGGUUCUUCUCGAAGCUUCGGUUCUGAGAUGGAGGUUUUGAGGUGUUUCUGAUGUUAGGUUUUGUUUUAUUUUAUUCCUAUUUUGGAGGAUUAAUUGUUGAAUUUCAUGUUCGUACUUUGAAUGAUUUGAGUUUUUGAUUUACUUCUAAUAUUCUAUAUGAUGAAAGUUUGAUUAAUGUUAGUUUUUAUACAUUUCA